AGGUAAUUCCUCAGGUAUAGUUUUUCAUCAAUUCAGCGGAAUAAUUUUGUUUUGGAAAGUUCAAAGUGGACUGUCGCGACAAUAUUUGUCUCUCUAUCCCUCCCCCAGUGGAAGCUACUUUAGUCAGUGAAAGGUUUCGUCUUUAAUCAAACUGAAAAUAGUUGAUACAAAAUGUCGAUUUUUACGCCAACCAAUCAAGUAAAAUUAACAAAUGUAGCGGUGGUAAGGUUGAAGAAAUCUGGAAAACGUUUUGAGAUCGCCUGCUACAAGAACAAAGUUAUGUCAUGGCGAAAUAAAGUGGAGAAGGACAUUGAUGAAGUUCUUCAAACACAUACAGUAUUUACAAAUGUUUCUAAGGGACAGGUAGCUAAAAAUGAUGAUUUGUCUCGAGCAUUUGGUACCACAGAUCAGACAGAAAUUUGUCUGCAGAUUUUAGCAAAAGGAGAGCUACAGGUAUCUGAGAAGGAAAGAAACACACAACUGGAAUCAAUGUUCAGAGACAUUGCAACUAUUGUGGCUGACAAAUGUGUGAACCCAGAGACAAAAAGACCUUAUCCAGUAGGUCUGAUAGAAAGAGCUAUGAAAGAUAUUCAUUAUUCAGUUAUUCCAACCAGAACCACUAAACAACAGGCUCUAGAAGUCAUUAAACAACUCAAGGAGAGCAUGGAGAUUGAACGAGCCCAAAUGCGCCUCAGGUUGAUCAUACCAAGUCGUGAGGCCAAGAAGGUUCAUGAGAAACUGAGGCCACACAUAUCGACUGUUGAAUCUGAGGAUUGGCAAGGCGGGGACUUGGAAAUGGUUUGUCUCAUAGAUCCUGGUUGUUACAGGAUAAUUGAUGAAACUCUCAGGGCUGAAACUAGGGGACGAGGAACAUUGGAAAUGAUCAGUCUAAAGGAUAUAGAGGAAGGAGAUGAAAGACUAGAAUGAUCCUGAGAACAUAAUUUUAUACCAAUAUGCUUCAGCAAGUUUUAAAUAAAACUAAAGUGAUGCUUACACCGACUAAGAAGUAGACUCAUGUAUAUAAAACAGGCAAUCCAAAGAUGGCUAGAGAGGAAAAUAGUAUUGGUCUUCACCUAUAUACAUUUGCUUUAUUCUAGAAUUUUUUGUUUGAAAAUUUUUUCACUUCUGUGCAUCAAACUUUGCAAAACUGUCUUCUCAGAAUUAACUUGAUUUGGGCUCUUUUUUAAAUUACAAAUUUCUCUCCACUGGGAAGGAGAAUGUAUCACAUAUCUCUUCAAAAAUCUGAGUCAAACUCUUCAUCGUCACAUGCAAUGUCAGAAUUUUUCCUUCUAUUUUCUGUUGUUUUCCUUUUCACUUUAAAAACAGAUAGUGAAAUCUCCUCUUUCUCUGCUUUCUUUAUGAUCUUUAAUACCUUUUUCCUUUCAACUGAAAUAAAUUUUAAAUGCAAUGGUUACUAAUUUAAGUACGGC